GCGCCGCGCGCCCGAUGGAUGGGUGAUCGACUGCGGCGGCGGCAGGGUGAGCGACGGCCAUAUUUGCCGGCGCGGCCCGAGCCGGCGGCAACAAAAAGUGCGCGGGCGCCCGGUGGGCGCUCGGACGGCCGCGGGGACGUGGGGCCGCCCGGCCCGGGCCUCCUCGGCUCCGGCCUCGCUUCUUCGCCGCCGCGGUAAGCAAGGCGCCGCGCUCGCGGCCUGGCCCGAGCGGCUCGGCUCGGCCCGGCCCGGCCCGGCCCGGCGCGCCCGCCGCCCGCGGGGAUGUCGUACAAGCCGAACUUGACCGCGCACAUGCCCGCCGCCGCCGCCGCCGCCGCCGCCCUCAACGCCGGAAGCGUCCACUCGCCUUCUACGAGCAUGGCGACAUCCUCCCAGUACCGCCAGCUGCUGAGUGACUACGGGCCGCCAUCACUAGGCUACACCCAGGGAACUGGAAAUAGCCAGGUGCCUCAGAGUAAAUAUGCAGAGCUGCUGGCCAUCAUUGAGGAGCUGGGGAAAGAGAUCAGACCCACGUAUGCGGGGAGCAAGAGCGCCAUGGAGAGACUAAAACGAGGCAUCAUUCAUGCCCGAAGCCUGGUUCGGGAGUGCUUGGCUGAAACGGAACGGAAUGCCAGGUCCUAGCCCCUGGCCAAUGUGAAGGCCCAUCUCGCCACCCCAUGGAGAUGAGAGGCUUUGUUCAAGAUGGCAGUAGCUUUCCUGCCUUGGUCCUUAAGCUCUGAACCCACAUUCAGAAGAUUGGAAGACAUUUGCAGUUACUGAUGAUGUGCAUUUUAAGUAGUUAGGAACGAUCCAGCUCUUUUUUUUUCCAAGCAUUGAUUUGAAAGAUGUUUGUGAAGCUACUUCACAGCAAGCUAUUGUUUGCCCCCAAAUCCCAGUGUCCCCUUUAAUCUCCCUUUGGAUACAUUUGCCAUUUGCGUCACCCCAGUUGACUUCCUGUCCAUGCGCUCACCUGCCUCUGGGGACUCCAGUGCAAACCACCGCGUGUUUGCUUAGUAGCUGGCCGGCCUGUGUGCAGUGUAGACCCUGCUUCACGAGCUUCUCUGCUUACGCGUUUGCAUGACUGAGUGCUUUGAAGUCAGUCUCAAAAGUGCGCAAGUUAUAAAUACAGAAGAAAGAGCAAUCUACCCAGCCUACCAAGCGCCCUGCAAAUGUCCAUCCUGAGACUGUAGAUCUCAGUUCCGUGUUUACUGUGAGACGAUCACAACAUCCGGAAGAAAACGACUGAAACUUGCAUCUUUGUAUUUAUUACUUGAUGUAAUAAAGCUUAUUUUCAUUAACA